AUGAAGACACUGAUCCCAGCCAACAGUCAGAGCCAGUGGAGCCGGACCAGAGGCGGACCUGGUCACCACCCACGAGCUGGGCAUAACUUUGGCGCGGAGCAUGACCCCGACAACCUGCCGGCCUGCGCUCCCACGGACGACCAUGGGGGGAAGUUCAUCAUGUACCCCAUCGCUGUGAGCGGGGACCAGAUCAACAACAAGCACUUCUCCAGCUGCAGCAAGACCUCCAUCGGGAAGACGCUGAGCUUCAAGGCUCACGAGUGCUUCAAGGAGCGCAACAGCAAGGUAUGCGGAAACUCACGCGUGGAGGAAGGGGAGGACUGCGACCCGGGGCUGCUGCACCUCAACGACGACCCCUGCUGCACGGCCGAGUGCAAGUUCAAAACCAAUGCGCAGUGCAGUGACAGGAACAGCCCGUGCUGUAGGGCCUGCGUGUUUGAGCAGGCGGGGAAGCGCUGCCAGGAGGCCAUCAGCGCCACCUGUAAGGGCGUGUCCAACUGCACAGGUGAAAGCAGCGAGUGCCCGCCCCCGGAGAAUGCCGCUAACGACACCCAAUGCGUGGACAUGGGCAAGUGCCUCUCCGGGGACUGCAACCCCUUCUGCGAGGCGGUGCAAAACCUGCAGUCCUGCGCCUGCAACGAAACGGAGAACUCGUGUAAAGUGUGCUGCCGGGGGAAAGACGGAACCUGCUCUCCGUUUAUGGAGGCGGACGACAACUUCCUCUACCUGCGCAAGGGCAAGCCCUGCACUGUGGGGUACUGCGACGGGAGUGGAAAGUGCAUAAAGUCAGUGCAGGAUGCGAUCGAGAGGCUUUGGGAUUUCAUCGACAAGCUCGACAUAAACACAUUCGGGAAGUUCCUGGCUGACAACAUCGUGGGCUCCGUGGUCGUCUUCUCUCUCGUCUUCUGGAUCCCCCUCAGUAUUCUUGUUCACUGUGUGGACAAGCGUCUUGACCAGCAGUAUGAGCAGCAUCAGAGCAAGCCUACCUCUUCCCUCCCAGUAGUCAAGAAAUGCAGAGCGGCCUAGAGGGGGGACACAUGCCCCUCAUCAAACAGCCGCCCUCCUUCUCCGGCGGCCCGACCGCGCCCUGCUUCCAGCCGGGUUCAGACCUGUCCCCGCAGCCCCUGACGGGCCCGGCGGGGGCCUCCCCAUCGGGCAGCAGUGUUACCCCGGGCCCAGGCCCGAGCUCCGGCCUCCCCGGGGGGACCAGGAUGGACACCAUCCAGGAGGACAGCAGCACCGAGUCUCACCCCGGAGAGGAGGGCCCCCCGGGGGACGGGCAGCCCACCGUCGCAGCCUGCUGGUCGGGUACGAAGUCCUCCUGCGAGGAUCCGAUCGCGCGGAGCCCGGGGGGGCGGGAGCGCCGGCCGCUCCACAGGCAGGCCUGCGUUGACACCAAGGAGACGGAGUGCUGAGCCACGCCACACGAGGGAACACCCCCCCCCCCACAUGGAGGAACCUCCUGCAGAGGCAUUCGCUCUAAAUCUACACACACAUUGAUAAGCAUUUUAAGUGACAUUGAGUGCUUAGCACUCAUGAGACCGGAGGACCACACACACGGGCACCAGAGAGCAGAGGUUCAGUCAUCUGCUCUCGUAAUCUCCGAUAGCAGAGCAGAGCUUCAGUAGGCUCUGCUCGCGUAGUCUCAGAAAGUCAGGGACUGCUGUUUCACAAAAAACUGAGUUUCAUGUUUGUUUUAUACUCGUAGAUAACUGUACUUUUCCUUUUUAAGUUACGCUUUAUGGUUGUUUAAGAGCCACUACUGAUCCGUGUGAAACGUCUGGGGCCCGAGUAUUACCAGUUUGAAAAUGAUGCUUGGUUUGUCUUUAAAUCUUGAAGAUGGUUGGUCAUGUGUGCUUUAUAAUAUGUUGUAUUUUUUGAUCUCCUCCAAAUGAACCCUGACCCCUGAUGAACAGUAUAGUGCCUUCUGUUGUUUUUAAGCCUUGAGUUCUGAUUUGUACAGAGAGCCUAACGAUGGUAGGCUUUGACGGAUCAAGAUUCCCCUGACCCAUGUCUAAUCACUCAAUCCCCUCAUUCUUAUUUCUAUGCACUUGUGUAACAUUUGAAGCCUUUACCAUCCACUGAUUCAUCAUGUUGUAAUGUCUGUAUUAUAGGUCAAGAACGGAGAGCUCUGUAUUGUAUCCACUGAAUGGAUGAUGUUGUGAAUUUAGUUUUUAUGCAAACAAUUUGUCCGCUGUUGGGCUUAGAAAUAUGCUUGCGGGAAACUGGCCUACGCUAUAUGCUAUGCUUGCAAAUAUGCUGUACAUGUGUCAAAUAAAUGAAAUAAAAAAAUCUUUAUUGUGCAUUUUAAC